UAGAUAAACUAAACCCUAGGCUCUACCGAGUGAAAACCUCAAAAACCCCGAACUUGAGUGAGGCUCAUUUCCUGUGAUUUUGAACAAUAUACUGCAAAUUUAGAUCACCAAUGGCCGCCUCAACCGCUGCCAGAUCCAUUUUCCGGUCGAUAUCUUCCCGUGGGGGAACCGCUGCAUCGUUUAUCGCUUCCGAAGCCAAAGCGGCUCGCCCUUCCCCAUUUCGUAUUGGAGCCAAGACACCUCUUUCUCAACGCUCUCUCAGGUGUCCCGUUGAGUUGAGCUUCUGCGUAGAGUCGAUGUUGCCUUACCACACUGCCACUGCUUCAGCUUUGAUGACUUCAAUGCUUUCCGUCACUCCUCGCAGUUGUGGUUGGCUUCCAGAAGAUUCGUGAUGAAUGCAAAUUCGUUCCUUCAAUGUGUUGGCCACCUCGGUGUUAUAAAUUGUGGCUUUUUUUUUCCGAGAUAAAUACAUAAGGCACUAAUUUUUAUAAAAGAAUUACAAUUUUACGUUUAAAUAAUUUUUUUUACAUUUUUACGGUUUUUAAUGGAAACAUCACAAAAAUAACAGGAAAAUUACAAUGAAUAUGACAUCUAAAUAAUAUCAAAACAAUAACAAAAAAUAACAUAUAGAUAAUAAAAAAUCAAUAACAAUUUAAUAAGAGUACAAUAUAAAAAGAUUGAAUUUUUUGUAAAUAAAAUUAAAAAAUAGUAAAAAUGUUUAGAAUUUCUUGAAUUUUUUUUGUAAUUUUUUGGUUGUUUUUGUGUAUUUGUGAGAGAAGACCCUGUUAUUUAAACUAAUUAAAAAGCUUAUUAUGCUUCCAUUCAGGAUAAUAAAAAAUACAUUAAAUGUAAAUCAAAUCAAAUAAAUAAAUAAAACAAACUUGAUGGUGUUGUCUUUGGAUCAUCAAUUUGGGUUUGUUUUUUUGUCAUAUUUUGGGAGGGUGAUGAUGUUCUCCAUGUAUGUGCCAACGUACGAGAGGAUCCAAAUGUCACCAUCACCAAUCUGAAUAAAAUGUUUGUGUUGGGUUCUAGUGUCAAACAAAAUCUUCUUAUCCCCACUGAUAACCAAAAUAAUAUAUUUACUCAAGAACCCUAAAGCCUUGAACUUUCUAUCUAAAUUAAUGCUAAACUCUAAUUUAGUCCAAGUAUAAUCUAUGGAAUCAGUCUUCAACAUCCACACAUUACAACAAAAGCUCAUCAAACCAUCAUUUUUGUACUCAAACAAAGUAAGCAAACCAUCACGAUCAUCAACACAAUAGGCAAGACUCACAUCACUGUCAUCUGCCACCACGGCCAAACUUUCCGGCAAUGCAAUUAGGCCAACCGAAUUCUCCCUCACAUCGAAGAACAAGAUACUCCUAAACACAUCCCUAUUGUUGUCCUCGAAGAAAACAAGCCAAUGAAUCUUAUUCCCGCCUUCUAAAUUCAGCGAACGCCAAACAAAUUUGACUAGUUUGUAAGGCAAGAGGGAAUAAUUAUUGGGACUAUUGUUGUAUCUCCAUUUUUCUUUUCUUAGCGAGUACAAGUCAACAAACAAAGGACUAUCAUGCGAGUAUCGAAAAUUCACCGCUUUGUAAUCUUUAGUACCAGAGUCAUAUCCGAAUCCCAACAUAUGAAUUUUACGAUCUUUGGGUCCAAUAUCGAUGCAUCUAGAUUCUUGCAAGCUGGGAUUCCACAGGAUCAACUUCGACUUAUGAUCAUAGGUAGGAUAGUAGAAGCAGAGGAUCCCAUUAUGUGAACCAACUUUUCUAAGAUACGUUGUUCUUUCUGUUUGGGAGAAUUUUUCAUCAUUGGGUAGUGGUGUGAAGUUCUCUGAUUUGAUGACACCACCGCUAUGAAUGUAGUAAAGUACUUUGUUGGUAGUAUUGUUAUAGCAUCUAAAUAUUUUCUUUUGUGGAGUUAUUCUUAGCUGGUUCUCAUAAUGUUUUGGGACGAAUUUGGGGUUACAUAUAUUCAAGUUCCACUCUUUGGACACGGUUUUGAACCUCAUGAGUGAUCUCACCGGAAGUUUCAAGAGGAUCUCGGGAAUUACGUGGGAAGGGAGGGACCACUCUGUCUCCUCCUUUUGAGGAAGAUUUUCAUUCGGAGAAGACAUAGUUUUUUCUUUUUCACUAGAAAAGUUGGGGAUGGA